UUUAACCUGUGCAAAGGGAAGUUACUCUGCUUUAUUUACAUUUUAAAGAACACGUAAUGGUAAAGCUUUUUAUUUAAAUUUCAACUAAAAAUCAUGGACGCUCAAAAUGGAGCGGCUGGGGAAGGCAAUGUAGAUCACCCAGAUGAUCUAGUAAACGACAACCCGUUGUCUGGACCAUUUAACCUAGUUCUUGGGUACCUGCAGGCCUAUGGCUGGAUUCUGGUGUUUGGCGUAAUAGUGUGCCUGUAUUUGAAAAGCCGACUGACGCCUGCACUCCAACGAUACAAGGAGAACUUGCAAGAAACAAUUGAGAGGAAAAAGUUUGAUCCAGAGCAGGCAUCAUCCCGUGAAGCGGCAAGGGAGGCAGCGAGACAGCGUAUGCAGGAACAGCUUGACGCCCAGGCCGCCAGACACGCAGAACAGAUGAAAGAGAAAGAAGAGGAGAAGCGAAAACAGAAAAUCCAGGACUGGGAAGGUCAUCUGGAAGGCAGAGGUUACCGGUCCAAGGUCAAACCGAAGGAAGAAAAAGAUGUACCCAAACCUUUAAAACCUGGACAGAAAUCAAAACCAUUGAGAUCUCCAGAUUUUAAUCCCUUGGCUGGUGACGGGGCCUCGUGUGCUUGGAGACCGGGCCAGAGGAGAGGGGGAGGAGGAUGAGGUUAACUUCCUGUGUAACCCCACCCACUUCCUGUCAUGUGAACAGCCAGGUCAUGUGACUAGCCCAUGUGAUCCAAAAUGGCUGCCGGGCAGGAAUAGUGGCAGCAGUAUCUGUCAUGUGAUUGAGUAAUUGUUGGGAACAUUUGAAAAUAACGUUUUAUCUUUAAGUUAUUUAAUGAGAUAUUUUUUGCCUUAAAAUGAAAAUGUGAUACUACUUAGCACAAAAUUUAAGCUGAUUAUUGAAUUUACUGUACUAAAUACAUACAUGUAUAUAUUUCUAAAGAAACAUGUUAACCACAUUUUUAUUUCAAUUUUAGAAACAAAGAUAUCUUCUUCAUAUAUUAAAUGAUCAGUUGAUAUCAAACUUUAAUAUUUCCUUAUGAAAUGAUCUUGAUUUGUAUUUCUCUUGUAUUAAAACUUACAAGUGUUAUUUGUGCAAUAUGGUGGUGGUAUGUAUGUUUGGUAAAUGUGAUAUUUGUGUAUUUUUGACAGACGGGCUGUUGCUAGGGUUACACAGUAUUUUAACACGGGCCAUGACCUACAGUAUGCCAGCGUAUUCCAAGAUUGAGCAAAAAAUCCUACGAAAAGCAUAGAAUAUUUUUUCAGAUUUCACAGCUGUACAAAUAUACAUCUUGAAUUUUAAGAGUGUGAACAGCUCUUUUACAAGGAAACUCUACAGUUAUACUUUGAAUAAUUUUAUGUUUGAAAAUGCUGUAAUUGUAGGUUUUUAUGCUCAGAAUAAUACCUAAAAUAUCCUGCUUCGUUUUUUAUAUGCCAAGUUUUUGGGGUUUUAGAUUUAAAAAGGUGACAUUGACUGUUACCGAAACAAGAACUUAAAUAAUUUGAUACGAAAACCAUUAUAACCUUAACAACUUUUUUUUUGAAACAUGGGACAUAUAUUAGUUUUUAAAAAUAGAAUAUUUAAAUUAUUUUUCCAAUAAAGACAUUCUUCAAUUUAAUUAUUUAUUUCAAAGAACCUUAGUAAAAAAGAAUGUUUCUUUCACAUCAAAAAAGCAAAUAAAAUGCAUUGAAAUUUAAAACUUUCCCCCUGAGUCAUGUUUUUUGAAACAUUGUUAUCACGGACCAUGGUUUAUUUGUCAGUAAUGCUAUGAGGAAUUAUUUGUUUCAAUACAUAAGAUUUUUAUGAAAAAUACCGGUAAGAUAUAUUUUACGAAGCAGGAUAUUUUAUAUUUAAGGAUUAGUUGUCGUUGAAUGAUGUUUGACCUUAAAAGGUUGUAAAUUCCUGAGGUCUUACGGAUAACUGUGGCUUGGCCCUGUAUUUUGGAUUCUGUUAUGUUUGAAAUAUUUCUGGGAUAGAUCUUUUAAGUGUCCCAUACUUUCGGGGACUUAUGAAGUGCCUGAUAUCAUAAAUUUUUAAUAUUAUUUGUCAGAUGAUCUGGUUUAUUUAACAAUUCAUUGUUCAUAAUAAAUAAUGUAUGUUGUGUUUUUUUGUGUGUUUUAUUACAUUUUGAACUAUGUAACACCAAAACUUAUGUUUUGUAUGUGAACUUAAAGCUGCACUCUUACAGGUAUAUCGUUUUUACAACUUUUUAAUUUUUUUGUCUUGGAAUGAGCAAUUUUUUUGCGUAAAUAUCUGCAAACCAGUGAAAAAUACUGCUGACAAAAUAUUAGAUCGGAGGUUUUCAUAUUUCAGUUCGAAAACUAAUGUUUUAUGGCUUAAAGUAUUACUAACGGUUUAAGAAAAAUGCAUAAAACAUUAAUUUUUUAACUAAAAUAGAAAAAUCUGUGACUAAUUUUUUGUCAGCAGUCUUAUAAAACUGGUUAACAUGCAUUUUCGCAAAAAUUGGCUUGUUCCAAGACAAAAAAAAGUUGUCAAAACGCUCAAUUUGUGAGUGUGCAGCUUUAACAUUGUCAAAGUAUGAGUUUACAUUAAAAUGCUUAUUACAUGAACAAUUUUUUCUUCGAAAUUUGUAUAUCAUAAUUCUCAUUCCAUUAAAUGCCAUGAAAUAUCGUGA